AUGCAUAAUACGCCCACUGUAUACUACGAAACGUCUCGCCCCUCCAAUUUCUUCUUCUGGUCGAUCAUUUUGUUUUCAUGUCAAUGUGACCUACUCUUCCUGUACAAUAAAAUGUUCUCAUGCGUUGUCCAAAUCCAUAUGAAGCCACCUAUACCCCCAAAGGUGACUCUCAUCUUUCCUGGGCACGCUCUUGGCUCUCUGGUUCUUGCUUUCUCAAUCACCCGGCCCGAGAUGCUCUUCAAGACGGCAUUUGUAUCUCUUUUUAUCUAUGCGGUGCCCUCGCCAGUUGGCGCAGCACCAGUCGCCAAGCUCUCAAAGCGGCAGGGAAUUACCACUCUCUCGACCGCGGCCAUUCAGACAUUCAGACCAUACACCCAUUUCGCGAGCACAGCGUUCUGCAAGCCCUCGACAACGAUUAACUGGAGCUGUGGAGUUAAUUGCAAUGCCAACCCUGAUUUCAUCCCGACUGCGUCAGGAGGCGAUGGCGCUUCUGUCCAGUUUUGGUACGUCGGAUAUUCACCUUCUUUGGAGACCGUCAUCGUCGCGCAUCAAGGGACCGAUUUUUCGAAGGUCCGAGCGAUCGCAACAGAUGUCAACAUAUUCAUGAAAAACUUCGACUCAACGCUCUUCCCCGGGGUAAGCUCCUCCGUGAAGGUUCAUAGUGGGUUCGCGAACGCGCAGGCGAGGACUGCGGCGACCAUUCGCUCAGCUGUGGAGACUGCGAUCUCAGCGCAUUCAGCUGUGAAAGUCACAAUCGUUGGACAUUCUCUUGGUGCUGCCCUCGCUCUCCUCGAUGGCGUCUACCUGCCGCUGCAUAUCACUGGCGUCUCUUUCCAGGUUAUUACAUACGGAAUGCCACGAGUUGGUAAUCAAGCGUUCGCAAACUAUGUCGAUGCCCACCUUUCUUUGACACACAUCAAUAACCGGGAGGAUAUCGUGCCCAUCGUCCCCGGUCGUUUCUUGGGAUACCAUCACCCGUCCGGUGAAGUUCACAUUCUGGACAACGGACAGUGGGUCUCCUGCCCGGGACAGGAUAACACGAGCACCCAAUGCAUUGUUGGAGCUGUCCCGAACAUUUUCGCGAGCUCACCCAUGGACCACAUAGGCCCUUAUGAUACCAUCACCAUUGGCUGCUGA